CAGCAAAAAGAGCAGUUAAUAAGAAAAACCUUGAUAUUGACGAAAUCAAAUGCAUCACACUGUUUUAUUGUUCAUAUGUGAACUUGUCUCUAGAUAAGACAGCGUGGUGGAAAAACCCCACCAACAUAUGACCUCUGUUCAAAGUUGAAUAAAUCUCGAUGUCGACUUUUUCUCGAUAUUCAGGCGAGUUCAUUGUUUAUAUUAUAAACUCGCCUUGUUAUCUAUAAUAAUACUCAAGUCUCAGGAGUGGCUAGGUGAAAGAUCAAAGGUGAGAACAAACUUAUUAUCUAGAGAGGUUUCAGCAGCAGGAAUCAUUAAUCGUCCUCUGAAGAAAAUGGGUUCUUUCUCUGUGGAGGAUUUUGUGGGAAAUGGGAUUCUUAAGGAUCUGCUUCCCACUUUGAUGGAUGAAGGCUGGGAUGAUGUACCAACAUUGAAGGUCAUGAAUUCCGAGGAUAUGGAUGCAAUCAAUAUGACACAACACCAAAAGGAAGCAAUUGAGAUAAGAACUUACCUGCAUGACAGAUCUCUGAUGCAGUAUGCAGAUAAGCUAGAGUCCUCCGGGAAAUGUUUGCCUGAACUUCUAAGCUUAAGCGUUGAGGAUUUAACAUCUCAAUUCCGAAUGAAGAGAGGUCAUAUUGCACGUUUCCAUGAUAGAAUUAGUUCAUGUGCGGAUCCCUUGACCAAAAAGUUUGAUGCCCCUUCCCCAUCUACAAGUGUCAAGAGGACUUAUCAGUCUAACAACUCGAAGAGGAUGCAGAGUAUGAGAAGCCGAACCUUUCAGGAUAAAACAGUUGAGCAAGCACUGAGCGAAUUUAAAAUCGAAGACGGUUAUGUGUUCAAGGGGAUUGUUGCAACAGAACUAGCUCGUCAUAUAGCAUGUGGUUGUGUGCAACCUUCUCAUAUUGUUGAUAAAAUUGCUCCUUAUUCUGCCAUUGAAAAUAUCUCCAUUCAGAAAUUAACUCCAGAGUAUAAGAUUGGAAUGGAGCGUUUGGUGAAGACUAAGACUCCCCCGAUGAAAGCAUCAGCACUAUGGCAGGAUAAGCCAGCCAUUAUCCUCUGUAUUAGACGUCCUGGGUGCAUAAUGUGCAGAGCAGAAGCUCACCAGCUAUAUGCCAGAAAACCGAUAUUUGAUGCACUAGGAUACCAACUAUUCGCUGUAAUUCAUGAACACAUAGAAUCAGAGGUGAAGGACUUCUGGCCCCGGUACUGGGGAGGCACUGUAAUCUUUGACCAAGGCAGAGGAUUCUUCAAAGCUCUAGGUGGUGGUAAAUUGAUGAAGGAAAAAUUCCUAUUCGGAUUUCUUUUCAACCCCCGGGCCAUAGCAAAUUAUAAGCGUGCAAAAGCAAUGGGAGUGAAGCAAAAUUUCAAUGGAGAAGGAGAAAUUAAGGGUGGUCUGUUCAUUCUUGGCUCAGCAAAGCGUGGUAUUGCUUACCAGUUUAUUGAGCGGAACUUUGGGGACUGGGCGCCUCUUUCUGAAGUAAUUGAGAUCUGUACAAAAAUACAGGUAACAGUUGCCGUUGCCUCUAUCCUAUUCUCCAGUAUUAAGAUCAUAUCUUCAUUAUGCAUUCUUUCACAUGAUACAGAGCCGCCAGCCGCAAGCUCCAGGGGUAUCCAUUGAACCAUCCCAAGAAGAUAACCGAAGUUCAUCCCUAGUGUAAUACAAAUUCUCAUCUGGAGUUUCUAUAUAGUAUAUGGUGCUCAGUUGAUUGAUACUUUCUACAAGACAUGAGAAGUGUUUCCAUCAUUCUUCGUUCUGUUUUCUCGGAUGUGCUUUAAUUAAUUUACGUGGCUUGGCUGUUGCACAGAACUUUAAUUACAACUAUGAUUUUUCUUAUCACUUGACCACUUCAUGUGAGCAAACCGGGUUUAGUUUGAAAGAAAUUCGCAGCAUACUUCAAUGCAUUAUUCUAAAACCUUAAGAAGUGGAGGAACAGCGAGGCACAUUUUUAUUGAAGAAGAAAACCUUAUUAAGUCGAGGAAAUGUACAAGACAACAAGACAAUAAUCAAUAACCGAAGCUACAAGAGCCCAAGAAAUAAAGUAUCAAUUGAGAAGAAUAUCUUCCCUGCCUGACAUUGGAACUGGUCUUCACAAUUCCAAACAAUAGCACUUUAAUCAUCCGUCAAACAGUAAAAAUGAUGGUCAAGAAAAGUAUAAACUCGUUA